AUGGAAGUGAUUCACUCAGUAAUAGCGCCCGCACUCUACAGCCUUCUAGUCUCCCUUCCCCCCCUUUUUGUGCAGUCACUCCCCUCCACCCCCCAACCCCAUUCCCUCCGCCAUCCCUUUGUUGCCCCCCUGCCCUCUCCCUCCAGGUUUACCGCCAAUUCCUGGUCCUUUUCUCCUUUUCUCCUUUUCUCCUUCUCCUUUUCCUUCUCUCCCCCCUGCCCCUGCCCCUCCAAUUAUCGCCUUCCGCGAAAAAAUUCCCCUUACAAACUCGAGGGCUCCCCCCCCCCCUUGACACUCUGCCUUUGGUCCCUCUACACAGUAACAGUCGCACCCCGCACGUAUUAUGUAAACCUCGAUCUUUCUCGAUUGCUUGCUCUCCAAUCCCUACGGGUGCUUCUAAUACAACGGUGUGGGCCCCCCACCAACUUCACAAAACACAGUGUGUUGCAUUAUACGUUACAUCACAUUAUAAGUACGUGCAUAGCUAUUUCAAUGUCUUCUCGUGUUUUGGGAUAUAACACGUGGUUACUAUUUCCAUUUGUGCUAGCAACUAGCAACAAGCAUGUGGGUUCAGAACUGCAACGUAUGUGCCUCCCUAGUUCUUUAAGAAACUACCGUACAAUGGAGGGGGAAGUGGGGUGA